UUUGGGCCUACCAUGAGGCGCCUAGGUUCGGUGCAGCGGAAAAUGCCAUGUGUGUUUGUGACGGAGGUGAAAGAGGAGCCCUCCACCAAAAGGGAGCAUCAGGUACCGAGGUGUGCGGCCCCGUGGAGCGGCCGCUCAGGGGCUGCCGGGCGCUAUAGAGCCGCCCUGCAGCCAUUUAAAGUUUUGGCAACUGAAACUAUAAGUCACAAGGCAUUAGAUGCAGAUAUAUACAGUGCAAUUCCAACAGAAAAAGUGGAUGGAACAUGUUGUUAUAUUACUAACUAUAAAGGUCAGCCAUACCUUUGGGCUCGACUAGAUAGAAAACCUAACAAAUUAGCUGACAAAAGAUUUAAAAAUUUUCUACAUUCAAAACAAAACUCAAAAGAAUUUUUUUGGAAUGUUGAGGAGGACUUCAAACCUGUUCCAGAGUGCUGGAUACCAGCGAAGGAAAUAGAACAAUUAAAUGGGAAUCCGAUGCCUGAUGAAAAUGGACACAUUCCUGGUUGGGUACCAGUGGAGAAAAACAACAAACAGUAUUGCUGGCAUUCCUCUGUAGUUAAUUAUGAAUUUGAAGUUGCCCUGGUACUGAAGCAUCAUCCUGAUGAUCCUGGUCUUUUGGAAAUUAGUGCGGUGCCGCUAUCAGAUCUCCUUGAACAAACACUAGAGCUUAUCGGAACAAAUAUUAAUGGUAACCCAUAUGGGUUAGGAAGCAAGAAGCAUCCAUUACAUCUUCUUAUACCACAUGGGGCAUUUCAAAUAAGAAAUCUACCAACCUUGAAGCACAAUGAUCUAUUAUCCUGGUUUGAAGGUUGCAGAGAGGGUAAAAUUGAAGGAAUAGUAUGGCAUUGCAAUGAUGGCUGUUUAAUCAAGGUUCAUCGCCAUCAUCUUGGUUUAUGCUGGCCAAUUCCAGAUACUUACAUGAAUUCAAAACCUGUUAUUAUCAACAUGAACCUGAACAAGUAUGACCAUGCCUUUGAUACUAAGAGUUUGUUUAAUCUUCUUUCAAAAAUAGAUAAUCAGAAAUUUGGCAGACUCAGAGAUAUCAUACUUGAUGUAUAAAGUAGAAAUGCAAUUAAAAAACAGCUUUAUUAUAUUUAAA